CAUGUCUGCAGAUGAUUAACACCAGGAUUAUUGUUGUUUACUUGAAAUAGAUUCCACCCAUAUUGUUGUGCAUGGACAAAUAGUAGUAGAACAUGAGAACCGUUUUUCUGUAAAUAGAAUUUUAAUUUGAUACAAGAUAGUGAUGUUCUGAGUUGAUCUGUACAGAGAUGUGGUUCUUUAAGUAGUGAAAGCUAAAAAUGGCUCGUCUGGACCACGUGGGUCUGCUUUUUCAAAGCACAGGUGGAACUGACUUUUUGUCCUUGCAGCGAAAGGGACAUUGCAGCCAACGUUUUCUGUAAUUUGACAGGUGGAUUUGUGUGUUACAUGUAUAUGUGCAAAGCGUGUGUGUGUAUGCACACACUUCAGAAAAAGUGAAGUACGUGUGCGUAUUUUAAUAUUUACGGGGGGGAGUGGGCAAGUUUCAAGGCAAUAACUGUCUUGACACCAUUAUUAUCUACUAUUGAGCUUAGAAAUAGGGAUAAGGCCUCUCUAGUUUGAUUUGUGGUGUGGGUUUUUUUGUUGGGGGUGUCUUUGUUUAGUUUGGGCUGUGGGUUUUCUUUCCCCCCCUCAGACUUAAGCUAUGGCCAUGAAAUUCUACUUCUAGUAACUUGUUUCAGGAGUUCCUCCCACUUAAGAUUUUACCUUUACACGUCUCUUAAUAUGCAGGUCAAGUUUCUUGAAAUUAGUUCAGGUGAAUCUUAUUAUUCUGGAAAAAAAUAUCAAUAUCUCCAAAACAUUGCUUCUUUAAAACACUGCUUCUGUUCGUUUUAUAUAGUCAACCUGCUGAAGGUCAGGUAUCUUUCCCUUAAAGCUACUUCCCCAAAUGUGUUGACUUAUAUCUCUGAAUAAAAUAGAUCCCUCAGAUUCAAGAAGAAUCUACUGAGCAAGAACUAUUUCUUCUGAGAGAAGAGCUGAGCCAGGCAAAAAGGAAAUGGCAUGAAAUGGAGGAAGUAAAGGCCAAUGAAUGUCAAAGAGAAUCUGAAAAACUGGAGAGAAGCAAUUUUAUUCCAAAAUUGCCUGAAUGUUGGGAAGCAAGCACUCUGACAGAAAGUGGAGAUGGUAAUCUUACAAUACAACUAGAGAAUCUCCAAAAUGAGAGAGAGCAGUUAAGAGAAACCAUACAGGAGACGAUUAGCAAGAAUUCAGAGAUGCAGGAGGAGUUGAAAUGUGCUCAUUGCUCUCUCAGACAACAUCAGGAGACUAUUGUGGAGCUGAAAGAAAGUAUUUCAGAGAAAGAAUAUCAACUCUUAGAAGCGCAAGAGGCAUUGAAGGAAACAACUGACGAACUGCAGCAGGAGUUCUUUCAGCUCACUGAAGUAACUGAAAACCUGACUCAUGUCUCUUCUGAAUACGACAAGCUACUGUCAGAAAAAGAAGAAAUUGAAAAAACAAUGAAUGACCACAUCUGUCAGCAACUUGACAAAAUAGCUUUACUUGAUGAGGAGAAAGAUGAGCUACAGCAAAUGGUAGAGACUUGUAAAGCAGAAAGAGAUCAGUUAGAGGCUGACUGUCUGGAAAGCAAGGAGAGAUCCUUAAAAGUUCUGACAGAAAUGGAAAACCUACAGGAAGAACUAAGGCAUCAGAAAGAGCAAGCUGAUAUCCAGAAGAACAUGUUAACAGAUGGAGAUGAGAAAUGGCAAAACACUGAAGAAAAACUAAAUGAAGAAAUAAACAAACAAAAGAAAAGGUAGUCAAGUUGAAUGAGGACUUAAAUUUGGUAACUAAGGAAAGGCACCAGCUGCUGGGAGAACUGAAAGAAAAAACUGAGAGCGAAAGCAGUAAACUUCAACAGUGGGAGGAGCAGUGGGACUUGUUAGCACAGGAGAGAGAUGAGCUCCAGGAGAUGCUGGAAGGUAUUCAAGCCCAGAAGAGCAAACUGGAGAUGAACCUGCAGGAGAGUGUCGAUAAGGUGCUUUAUCUUUUAUCAGAAUACAAAAACUGUAAAUGGUUGGUAGAUGAUGAUGGUUAAUUGUUGAAGCUGUCUUGAAAAUAUCUGACAAGUAUGAAUGUCACAUACCCAGACUGAAGGAUGUUAUCGUGCUUUACCUUCUGUCUUCUGCAGUGGUAUUUAAAGAUGUGUGUAAAUUCUUUCCAAAAUGUUGUUGGAGACUGCUUUAUUUAAGAAUAAAUGAGGAACCAGAGAAUGGCUUGCACUACCAAAACACUUAACAGGCGUUUUUUAAAUCAAUUUGAUAAAAUGGUAUCUUGUGUAGCUGACUCCAAAGUUUUGAAACUAAAGCUGACAUUGACACCUUUAUUUCUCUUCUGGGUAAGGCAUAUUUUCACAGCAGUGGAGACAAGGGAAUCGGGUGGUAUCCAUUGAGCAGCAGUCCUUGUGCAGAUAGUGAGUAAUCACUUCCGAUGUCUGUAGUUAAUUGGAAGCUGUGGUGGGAGGAGAACCUUCUCACUCUUGCUACCAAUAUCUUCAGAUUCAGCCGGUUUUGAGUAUCAGUUGUCUUGUAAAAGUUUAACUUCCCUGGAAGUUCAGAUGUUCAGUGAAAGGAAUGCUAGUUCUGUAAUAAAUUAUCAAAGAUCGUUUAGCAGCACUCUGACAACAGUCCAACUCAUAAAAUUUUGUUGAGUAAUAAUUUCCAGACAGUUCUUGAUGUGAACCCUAUUCAAAUUACAUCCCUGCUUUGUUUCUCAUUUGUGUAAACAGGGAUUGCAGAAAGUAUGUCCAAAUGUGUUUGUAGCAUGCUUAGUCUAAUUAUUUCCCUUAGAAAGUAUUUAUCAGUAUGCUAGUUGGCAGGCUUUGCUUAGUGAAAGUGUUAGCGGUCGCAAUCGUGAAUAGAACUUACCUACACACAGCAGAUAAGCAGGCACUUCUUUAUUCCAGCGCUGGGGAACAUGGGGGAUAACUCCGCCAAAGACGUGUUCAUCGACAGAUACAAAACACCACAUAUUUAUACACUUUUUCAGCAGAGUCAUGGUUACAUAGUCAUGGUUACAUAGUCAUGGUUGCAUAGUCAUUUUAACUCAAGAUCCAUAAUCAGUACCCAUUGUUUUGAUUCAGAGUCCAUAACGACUCCUAUAGUGAUUAAAGCAAACACCAUACUAGUUAUCUGUUCCUAAGGGCCUCAACAUACCUUAUAUUGUCACAGCUGCUAUAACUCCAUUUUAAAUCAAAGUCUUUUUUUUUUUUUUUUUUU